GUGUGUGUGCGUGUGCGCGCGGGAGUGCGAGCACACUCGCCUUCGGGGGCUGGAGUGACACUGCAGUGGGCUUCUCCCUCGCGCAGGCCCUCCGGCUGCUCAGUCCCAGCCAGCGCGCGGCGCAUUUGGGGAGCUUGGCCCUUUCAUCUUCCCGAGGCUCCUUCGUCUUCACCUCGUGGAUCUUACUUUUCCUUUUUACCCAGGAGGUUGCUGCCUCCCACUCCUCAGCCGGUGCAAACACCCAAGCCGCCUCCAGUUCUCUCCUAAGCCAGUCUUUCCCACUUGUUUUCCUCUGGGGUUCCUCCACGAGCCGGUCCAGGGCUCCCCCAUCCUGGGAAAUUGUUUCGUUGGACUGCUGUUACCGCGGCGGUUAAAGCUUGAGGAAUUUGUUAUUUUGUUUCUUGUUAUUUCCUCCCCGUCUGGGCAACGGAGCAAUGAAAUUUCCAAUCGAGACUCCAAGAAAACAGGUGAACUGGGAUCCUAAAGUGGCCGUUCCCGCCGCAGCGCCCCCCGUGUGCCCGCCCAAGGCUGCCGCUAACGGGCACUACCCGGCCCCACGCCUGUCUAUCUCCUCCCGAGCCACGGUGGUAGCCAGGAUGGAAGGAGCCCCCCAAGGGGGCCUGCAGACAGUCAUGAAGUGGAAAACCGUGGUGGCCAUCUUUGUGGUUGUGGUGGUCUACCUUGUCACCGGUGGCCUCGUCUUCCGGGCACUGGAGCAGCCUUUUGAGAGCAGCCAGAAGAAUACCAUCGCCUUGGAAAAGGCAGAAUUCCUGCGGGAUCAUAUCUGUGUGAGCCCACAGGAGCUGGAGACGCUGAUCCAGCAUGCCCUUGAUGCUGACAACGCAGGAGUAAGUCCAAUAGGAAACUCCUCCAACAACAGCAGCCACUGGGACCUCGGAAGUGCCUUUUUCUUUGCUGGAACUGUCAUCACCACCAUAGGGUAUGGGAAUAUUGCUCCAAGCACUGAAGGAGGCAAAAUCUUUUGUAUUUUAUAUGCCAUCUUUGGAAUUCCACUCUUUGGUUUCUUAUUGGCUGGAAUUGGAGACCAACUUGGAACCAUCUUUGGGAAAAGCAUUGCAAGAGUGGAGAAGGUCUUUCGAAAAAAGCAAGUGAGUCAGACCAAGAUCCGGGUCAUCUCCACCAUCCUGUUCAUCCUGGCCGGCUGCAUUGUGUUCGUGACAAUCCCCGCCGUCAUUUUCAAAUACAUCGAGGGGUGGACAGCCUUGGAGUCCAUCUACUUUGUGGUGGUCACCCUCACCACGGUGGGCUUUGGUGACUUUGUGGCAGGGGGAAAUGCUGGCAUCAAUUACCGGGAGUGGUAUAAGCCCCUAGUGUGGUUUUGGAUCCUUGUUGGCCUUGCCUACUUUGCAGCUGUCCUCAGUAUGAUCGGAGAUUGGCUACGGGUUCUGUCCAAAAAGACUAAAGAAGAGGUGGGUGAAAUCAAGGCCCACGCGGCCGAGUGGAAGGCCAACGUGACGGCCGAGUUCCGCGAGACGCGGCGGCGGCUCAGCGUGGAGAUCCACGACAAGCUGCAGCGCGCGGCCACCCUGCGCAGCAUGGAGCGCCGGCGCCUGGGCCUGGACCAGCGCGCGCACUCGCUCGACAUGCUGUCCCCCGAGAAGCGCGCCGUCUUCGCCGCGCUGGACGCCGGCCGCGCCAAGGCCGCGUCCCAGGAGAGCAUCGACAGCCGGCCCAACAACCUGCGCCUGCGGGGGCCCGAGCCGCUGGGCAAGCACGCGCAGGGCGCCUCCGAGGACAACAUCAUCAACAAGCUGGGCUCCACCGCCAGGCUCACCAAGAGGAAGAACAAGGACCUCAGGAAGGCCCUGCCCGAGGACGUCCAGAAGAUCUACAGGACCUUCCGCAACCUCUCCCUGGACGAGGAGAGCAAGGCGGAGGGCGCGGCACAGGCGUGCCACUCGGACCACUCGAGCACGGCCGCGCUCACCGCCUGCGCGCAGCCCGCCGGCCUGGAC